UUAAGUUACCAACGCUCGGUAGUUGAUUACUUAACUGCACCGAAUCGAAGAUUCAAUGAAAGUUGGUUAAGCUUUUGCAACUGCUCACCAACUAGCAGCCUAAAACGCAAGCCUUGUAACGCUAGGAAGUCGGCUACAUACUUCCUCUAUAAGCCUGCCAGGACUUGAGAACACGCGAAAUGCCUUAUAAUCAGAGAGAAAAUAGUACACCUGGCACCAUUCUCGCGAAGAAUUUUGACGAGGUCAACGGAAAUGACACCCAGUCCUUCGAAAUUCAGGCUCGAGAAAACAUCAAGGUCAUAGCCAGCACACAAGAUGUCCAAAGAGUUCAACCAUACGGUAUUCCACGUGAAUCACGAAAUGUGCAAAACAACUUUUCUGGAGACGGUAACGGCCCAGGAAGAAGCAAAAGGAAGAGCUACAGCAGAUUUAAGAAGUCUGACGUCAACCGUCCUCCGCCGCCACUCGCUCAACCAAACGAGCACACGACCGAGAAUUAUCAUAUCAAAAUGUAUACAUGCAAGCCUGGUAGAGAUAAGAGCGAUUGUGAAAAGGACAGCAAGUCUCAUGAGCGCAGACCAGUUCGUGCUGAUAAUCCCAUCACUCCACAUCGCAGCAACCGUCAUUUGUUGUCAUGCAAUGAAAUUCAUGGACCUCGCAAUCAAACCCAAGACAGAUCGGUACAAUUUCAUAACGGCAACGAUUUUACUACUCGCGUUACUGAGAAACAAGCUGAACAUCAGCAGCCUUUCCAGAUGAGUGAAGCUGGUAUUUCUGCACAGCAGAACUUGCCCGACCAUUUCUUUCCUCAUGAUUUGAAUUGCUCAAAUAGUGUAUCUGGCACCUGCCACCCUCAUUUGAUGGGACAAAAUCAAACACAAUCCGCAGGGUCUCAGAAGAUAGACGUGGUGCCCCCAGCACCCUCUAUUUGUGGCAUUGGCGAACGAGUAGUGAUCACUAUGCCACAUUGUGCGCAGAAAUUAACUCCAUUUGAUCAGCACCGGCCGCUUCCAUAUGCUAUGGUCUAUGACACCCAACCACGGCCUCCUCCUCCUCCUCCAAAUAUCACACAUCUACCUCAGAAGCUGCCACCAGCUGUCACCACGUCACCACAAGGUGUGAUGUCACGGUCGAAACCUCAAGCAGUGCACGAUACCUCUUCAGCUGGAUCUGGCAAGAAGAAAUUUCCUGCUAUCACAAAAGCUCUAGCAUCUAAUUCCAAGGGUACCAUAAAGAGCGAAUUAUGGGAGGUUCCGUCAGUAGAAGACCCUAGGCCUGCACAUGUGCGUUUUAACAGCAUCCUUCAUACUGUUGUGUCGCAGCUCGAAUAUCUGAUGCUUCGAGUUGAACCACAAGCGAAAUCAGAACACACCAUUGAGCUAGCCGAGAUAUUAUACCAUCUCAAAAUUGCUGGAAAUUUGUGCCAGGAGGCCCAAGUUGUUGCAAGAAUGCUCGGUGACAAUGCAACAAAGCUUAACGGAUGACUUAAUACAAUGAGUUGCGGUCAUCUCGGGCAUCAGACAUCAGUUGAGUGUCGCAAUGGAGAGUUCUUGGUUGAGAAAGGUCCUCAUCUUCGAAGCUAUAGCAUGUCUCCUAGACACAAACAGCUCGGCGGAGGCAUGGAUAUUAUUCGCAAACAUACCUAAGGACAAUAAUGCAUCUGUUACAGGCCCGCCGCACAACCAGAACCUCAUAAUAAUAGAUUCUCACCAAAA